AUCCUACAUAUACAGUGCGCUGUAAAAAAGGCUGGAUACACAUAUUAAGAUCAUCAUUCAUAUAAAUAGAGAGUAAUUAUGGAUGAGAAGCAGCUGUACUUCAUAAAUGAAAACGAUAAUCAAGUUGAAAUUCGGACCGACUGAGAGUAGAUCAGAAUGGAUUCCACUUUUUGGUGAUCUGCCUUUUACAAAACAAAAACCUGGAAAUGAAAAUAUGGUUGUUACGUUUAUUGUAACUUUUUUUCAAUAAAAUGUACUGUUUAUCGCUGUUUUUCUUCUUCAAAUGUGUGGUAAAGUGAGCAAGCCUGUUUCAACUGACCUUUCUAUUUGUGAAUAAAUUGUCUUAAGAUAAAGUAACAAAGUUCACAAUUAUCGUCCUUGAGCAAUUGUCUAUUGGACAGACAUUACAAUUAUGGACGCAAACAGUGAAAAGACCUAUUCUCCCAUUGAUUGUAUUUCUUACAUUAAGAAGAUCUUUUCAGAUAUCCCUUUAUCAGAGUUGGAUGAUGAUUCGCUAAUCAAUAUUUUACUGGAACGGUCUGUUUCCGUCUUACAGAUAAUCGACUAUGCUAUGACGUAUUUUGUUGCGGUGAAUUUUAUAGGCGGUUUGGUUGAUGAGUUUAAUGAAUUUGAUGGAUGCUACCAGUUGGCGUUAGAAGAUUUGUGCUGUGAAGGCGAAUAUCCUUUCAGACUUACUAAGUCACUUAGUUUAUUUUGGCUGUGUAAACGCUUAUGCCGGAAAAUGUCUACAGUUUCUCAAACUCUUUCAUUCCUUUAUUAUUUAAACUACUUGAAAUGCGUUUAUUUGCAUCAGUACCUAAUUGGUGAUGAAAGGUCACCCAAACUAAAAAGUGAAUUUCAAGAUAUUACCAAUGUCUGUGAGGAAUAUCUUGAUUCUACUGACUCUGAUGAGGACGUCAUUCAGUAUUUAAUGAUAGCAUCAUAUCUGAGCGUUUUUUAUUAUGAAUAUGAGGCCUCAAAAACCUUCGCUUCCAGAUGCGCUCAGUAUUUAAAUAUUGAUGUACAAUUUAAUGGUGUCCUAGGUAAACGCACCAGAUUCCAGGAGAAAGAAGUUGCAAAUCUCACGGUUACGGUUAGCAGAAAGAUCGAAAAUAAAGACGGCAAAACGUCAUUUAGCUAUCCAUUGCCUCAGAUAAUUUCUCUUAGUGAUGAUGUACUUCUCAAUAGUGUCAUAUUUAGUGACUUCAAUAAACAAAGUGUUCUUUCAAAUACAGAGCAGUCUUUCAUUUUGUUAUUGUGUGAACUUCAUCGUCGUCACUACCCACGAGACGAUUUAACAGAGCAACAGUGUUUAGCAUACAUCAAUACUGUUAUCCGAGCUGUUUACCCAGAUUCUGAAAAUGAAACGAAAAGCAGUUCUUCGUGGCCCAUUGCCACAGAAACACUGUAUAGAAGAAGUUUACUCGAACAUAAUUCUGUUCGAAGAACUGAGCGUGCAUUAUCUCAACUAGAGGAGUUAUGCUCUCAGUUUAAACGAACUAGUCCAUCAUUUUCUGAAAGAUCUCCCAGUAGCUUCUUUCUUUCCAGAAUGCCUUCUAUUUGGACUCUCGAAAUUGAACAAGGUCGACUGCUUAUGAAAAUAGGAUGUUUCAAAAGUGCUCUAGACAGUUUUCUGUUAUGGAACAAAUGGUCUGAAAUAAUUGAAUGCUACACUCGUUUAAACAAAAGAGAAAAAGCUGAAGAAGUCAUUCGUUCUCGUCUAGAUGCUGGAGAUGAAUCUGCUGAUUUAUAUUGCGCUCUUGGUGAUGUGACAAAUGAUCGCCAACACUAUUUAAAGGCGUGGGAUAUAUCUGGUUGUAAGUCAGCUCGAGCAAUGCGCAGCCUAGCUGUUAUAUAUAUGUACACAGAUAAAGACUAUACCAAUGCAAUCGAAUGCUUUCAAAAGUCAUUAGAAAUUAACAAUAUGCAGGUUAAUCUAUGGUUUACUUUUGGAUGCUGUUGUCUUCAAGCCAAAGAGUAUAUAAAAGCAGAAAAUGCUUUUCGUUCGUGUGUUCGUUUAGAUCCAGAUAAUUUUGAAGCUUGGAGUAAUUGUGCUACUGCUGUCCUGCUACAAGGAAGAAAGAAUAUAGCAUUAAAACUAAUGAAAGAAGCUUGUAAAUAUAGUUAUGAAAACUGGCGUUUAUGGGAAAAUAUUCUCUUGAUUAGUUCUGAUGUGAAAGCUUUUCAAGAUACUAUACAGGCCUAUCAUCGGCUGUUAGAUUUACAAGGAAAGUAUGCAAAUGCACAAGUUCUCGGUAUUAUGGUCAAAAGUAUUAUUUUAAAUGAAAUGGAUUCCACAGGAAACCCUACAAGUAAUAUACGUAAUAAGUUACUUGAACUAUUUGGUCGAGUUACAGCAUCUACUCCUAACGAUGCCGCCAUAUGGGAUGAAUAUGCUCAUCUUCUGGUUGAUGAAACUCCUCAAAUGACUUAUAUCACAUAUCAACGUGUAAAGUCUACUGACAUUUUAAUCCAAGAAGAAUUGUUAAAAUUAUGCCCGAAGAACACAUCUCUGCUUCUUGUUACAAGUUAUGAAGUUUCUGGCCGUCGAAUUUUAUCCCCUGGAUUUUUAAGAAGUUCUGUCCUACCCAGAUUGAAGGGGCUAUAUAUCAGUGGUAUUCAUUUGGAAAUUCCGAGAACCGAUUUGCGCAGCAAUGUUACUUCUAGUCUGGUAACUUUAUCGAUCUCAAAUUGUAAUAUACAUUCUCUACCACCUUUUGGUAUGUUGUUGGGUCUCACUAAUCUUCAGAUGCUUGACUUAAGUCUCAACAAGUUGAGUGGGUUGCCAGUUGAUACUUUUCAGUAUUCAAAAAGUUUGGCCUUCGUAAAUCUUUCUCAUAAUUAUUUUAAAAUUUUACCAAGUUUACCGCAUCCACUUGAAGUGCUUGUGACUGAAAAUCCCAUAACCUGUUCCUGUGUUAAUUCUAGGUUGUUAUUAAGAGGCAGCUUCGAGGGUCUUCCAGUUUGCAAUCCAUGGCCCUCACCUUGUGAACCCAAAUUAAACGCUUCUUUAUAUUUGAAAUCAACUGAGCAUAACUUUUCAUCUCUUGGUGAUAAUUCUUCUUUUUUUGCUUUGACAGGACAUCGCCUUUCUUUUAUUUGUAAUGUCAAUUCUGAUUUACCGUAUGAGCUUUUUUGGGUUUCACCUAUUGGUGUUAUCUCACUUUCCACCACUGACUUUGAAGUUAUUACAUAUUCACUGUCUUACGUUGUUCAGCCCAUUUUAGCUCCCACAGUUUUACACAUAACGCGAGUUGACGACACAAAAAACUCAUUAGAUAUAGAGAACGCCAGAGGAUAUUUAAGUGGGAAAUGGUUGUGCGUCGCCCAUUCUUCAGAAGCUACUAGUCACUCUAUACCUAUUGACAUCAAAGUUGUUUCCAGUUUAUACUAUGCACAAACAUAUUACAUAUCGCUUUGCUGUGGCUAUGGUGGAAUGAUCCUGUUAUUGUUGGUUGGUAUAAUCGGCGGUGCUAUCAGAUAUUGUAGCGAAACUCAUUGUUUCAGGCGUCCUCAACCAUCUUGUGCAUUUAAAGGAAAAACUUAUGUCGGUGUCAUUCCAGUUCCCGAGGUAGAGUGUGUAGAAAUUUUACAAAAGUUUAAAGCUGCUGAUAAAAUCCCACUAGGAGACCCGGAAUGUACUUAUAAUAAAUAUUUCGGCCCGAACACUCGCUGGAAAUGUCGUAUGUGCAAAACUGUUCAUUUCGUUGAAAAAAUUCAGAAAAUCGAAGAGGCUGGUUCAUUAGUCGCAUCCGCUAAUGUACCCGUAGGUUUAGUAUCUCCUGACGGUGAAAUAAUCGUCAUAGAUGAUGAUCAAAAUGAUAUUCUGCAGCCUACUUCAGAUCAUAAUUUUGAGUCGAUGGAAACUCACCAACCGCUUAUGAAUGUUUCUAAUGUGGGAACUAAUGAAUCUAAUAUCCAUUCCAACCGCUCUCAUAUAUGUAAAUAUGAAGUUCUUGUACGGUCGGGAAAUUGUGUGAUAAAAGUCGGACUCGAAAAUGAUUAUCCCCAUUCCUUCGACUACUCGUAUUCACUUACAUCUGUAGAUAAUAAGUCUUGUGUUUCCUAUCUCCCUCGUCCAGGGAGCGCAGACGUGAAGCUAGUUGUAUCAAACGAAAAGCUUGCACAAGAAUACCGUGAAGCCUUGGCUAGUUUAGCUCAGGCCGUUGAAAAUCCGGAUCCCGCACACUUUCGUGAAAAGCUCGAAGACUUUCGAAGCAGACUCUGUCGUGAUGUUGGUCAUGGGGUAAAAAUUUUGCGCGGUGAGUUUCAAGACUUGAGGGCUAAGUCUGCAAAAAGCGUUGCAUCUCUUCGUAACCAAAGUUCUGUUGCUGCACAGCGCAUGCGGGCAGGAAUCUCUUAUGGUGUGGAGCAAAUGAAAGAUGGUAUGCGCAGUGUUGCUGAACUUUGUGGGGCCUCAGGAACAAUUGGUCAAACCAUAUCCGUUGUGAGUGUGUAUGUAGAUGAGAAAGAUCAAAUUAAAAAGGAAAAACAUAUUUCUGAUUUUGUCUUUUAG